UCAGGUUCCCGGAUGUAGGAGUGAAGUCUUUCUAAACUCCGGGCUCUCACCUGCUGCAGGCCAGCAAAGGUCGGAAGCCUCGCCUACUAUUCUGAAGUAGUUCAGAGGAUCACAUUUGCAUCUUAGUCGUCCGAGCAUCCUGGAAGUGCGAACAGAAUGGUGUUGUCUACGAAGAGGGAUGAUCUCGACGAAGAUGCCAGUGACGACGAAAAGAAAGCAUCUCUGAAGGCGGCAAGAGGACCCCUGCUUUCCUUGGGAGCAACGAUUCUCUUCGCCUUUUCUGCAGAAUUCACGGCUCUAAGUAGCAAGGGUGGAAUUCCGGGUUUCCAACUCCUAUUUUUCCUAAGACUGGCCCAACUUCUGGUAAUUCUAGUUUGCUAUCUGAUCUUCCGUCCAAAGCUGAUAGGCGAAAAUAGACGGCAGAAUUUUCUUUUGCUUCUUGAAACUAUCAACAACAAUGUUGCUACCGCCCUGGUGUAUUUGUCCUUCACCUAUGCUGCACCAGGCAUCGCGUUUGGCAUCAUCCAAGGGGCCAUGCCACUCUUUACGGGCUGUAUUGGGUUUAUAUUUUUGAAGGAAAAAAUUGGCAUCAUUCCUUGUUGUGGGAUUUUAAUCAGCAUUAUUGGGGUGGCUCUGGUCAGCAUCGGGAUGGCAAACCAGACAACAGACUCCACACACGCCAUGGUCGUGUCUAUCCUCCUGCCUCUUGCUGCUGCCUUCACCAAGGGACCAGACAUGGUGCUAGCACGCGCUAUCAUGAAGGACAUGUCAGGAAUUACAAUUCUGGUAUAUAUAACAUUGCUAGGAACUGUAGCUCAGCUCAUACUCACCUACUCAUUCGAGACUCCCUUUUGGGUAAUGUCGGCAGAGACUGCUGGGUACGUAGCGGGGCUCGGCUUGUCCCAGGCUAUAGCCAUGUUGUUUUUCCUGGCAGUACUCAAAGUUGAGAAGGCAGCCAUUGCUGUUGCAUUGCGCACACUUGUGAUACCGAUCACCAUCCUUCUGGACUAUCUUAUCCUGUCAAAGGUACCGACUGAGCUGAAGUGGGCAGGUUUGUCUCUAGUGUUGUUGGGGACAAUCGUAGUCGGCAUCUAUACUUGGAGGACACAUCAUGAGGACCAGAAACGCAUUGAUCUUCUGAAAAAGCUGGAUUUUUCUCCUCAGGAAACUGACACUGAGUAAAUCCGUCUCAUGAGGUCUUGGUGUACAAUGAUAUUGACAUAUCACUAAUGAUAGUAGUAAUUCUCUUCCAACGAAAGCAAAACAUGUAGUUUUCCGAAUUAUCAAAAGUAUAUAGAGCUUAACUUAGCAGUUUGGUUGCGGAUCUGCUAGUCUGUUUCCCGUACAAAUGAUGAACUGCAUAUCUAUGUAAAUAUGCGUAGUCACAAGUAGGUAGAUUAAAGUCAUUGUCAGUAUCAAGCAAGCAAGACAGCAAUGUACCAUCACGCUAUUAAAAUGUCUCAGUGAAAAGAGUAUCCUUGUAUUGUUUGUUUUGUUAUGAACAAAAGCAAACCCCGUUUAACAACUUGAUUGAUAUCAAAUAGAAAAAUAUGAAAUACAUGUAGAUGUAACCCUGGAAGACAUAAAAUUUUCAUCAAUCAUCUUAGCUAAGCUGACGGCCCAAGUACUUUUUGACGAAACAGGUCACUUAAGAUCUCCAGGAAGAGUAGUAAAGACACAUUGUUUCACUAAAGGAGUUUCCUUAUAAACAUAAGUAUAAAUCUUGUACUAAGGCUAACGUCACAUUUCAAACCGGGGCCCGGUCGGACAGCUUUCGGGAACGAAAAGUAUGAUACAAAAGACACCAAACUACACAAAACGUUAAGACUUUGUAGGUAGAAUUCGUGGGCAUUUUUUGAUCAUAUUUGUACGUAUACAUUUCUAUCUUUCGUUUCCUCAAACAGCCCGGCCGGGCCCAGAUCCUACGGUAG